AGGUUUUGUGACCGCAGCAUGUCGGAGGGUGAGUCCAAGCAGGUGCCGAGCGGCGGCUCCGACUCAAAGCCCGAGUCCGCGUCGUCUGGCCCGGGAAUGACUUCGGUGUCUGCGCCGGUGACUUCCGCGGCGCCCCCGGAGGAGGAGGAGGAGGAGGAGAGCGAGGACGAGUCCGAGAUCCUCGAGGAGUCGCCCUGCGGCCGCUGGCAAAAGAGGCGCGAGGAGGUGAAUCAGCGCAAUGUCCCAGGGAUCGAUAGUGCCUACCUGGCCAUGGAUACAGAGGAAGGUGUGGAAGUUGUUUGGAAUGAGGUUCAGUUUUCUGAGCGGAAGAACUUUAAGCUUCAGGAAGAAAAAGUUAAAGCGGUGUUUGACAACUUGAUUCAGCUGGAACAUCUGAACAUUGUGAAGUUUCACAAAUACUGGGCUGAUGUGAAGGAGAAUAAGGCCAGGGUGAUCUUCAUCACUGAAUAUAUGUCUUCAGGGAGCUUGAAACAGUUCCUGAAGAAGACAAAGAAAAACCACAAAACGAUGAAUGAAAAGGCCUGGAAGCGAUGGUGUACCCAGAUCCUAUCUGCUCUCAGCUACCUCCACUCCUGUGAUCCCCCAAUCAUCCAUGGUAACCUGACCUGUGACACCAUCUUCAUUCAGCACAACGGACUGAUCAAAAUUGGGUCAGUGGCACCGGACACAAUUAACAACCAUGUGAAGACCUGUCGUGAGGAGCAGAAGAACCUGCACUUCUUUGCCCCAGAAUAUGGAGAAGUUGCCAACGUCACCACUGCUGUGGACAUUUAUUCCUUUGGGAUGUGUGCACUGGAGAUGGCGGUGCUGGAAAUACAGGGUAAUGGAGAGUCGUCUUAUGUGCCCCAGGAGGCCAUUAACAGUGCCAUCCAGCUGCUGGAGGACCCCUUGCAGAGGGAGUUCAUUCAGAAGUGUCUAGAACAGGACCCUGGCAAGCGUCCUACUGCCCGGGAGCUCCUUUUUCAUCAGGCGUUGUUUGAGGUGCCAUCACUAAAGCUACUGGCUGCUCACUGUAUCGUUGGACAUCAGCAUAUGAUUCCUGAAAAUGCUUUAGAAGAAAUGACCAAAAACCUUGACAUGAGUGCAGUGUUGGCAGAGAUUAAUCAUGUGGACAGGGAAGGAGUCAAGAUGAUCUUCUCACAAUCUCCAGCAUUGGAGCUGGACAAGUUCCUGGAGGAUGUACGGAAUGGUAUCUACCCACUCACAGCUUUUGGGAUGCCGCGACCCCAGCAGCCCCAGCAGGUAGUGGUGAAGUCUCCCAUUGCUCCACCAUCAGUGAAAACCCCGACUCCAGAGCCUGCUGAGGUGGAGACCCGCAAGGUGGUGCUGAUGCAGUGUAACAUUGAGUCAGUAGAGGAGGGAGUGAAGCACCAUUUAACACUGCUGCUGAAACUGGAAGACAAGUUGAAUCGACACUUGAGCUGUGACCUGCAGCCCAAUGACAACAUCCAGGAGCUGGCAGCUGAACUGGUCCAACUUGGAUUCAUCAGUGAGGCUGACCAGAACAGACUUACCUGUUUACUUGAAGAGGCAUUCAGCAAGUUCUACUACACCCGGAACGGAGCCCUGACGGCAGUGACUGUGUCAUCUUAGCACCCCUCGGCUCCCGGGUGGCCAGCGUGGCUUUGUUGCCUGCGACCCCUUCUGUGUCUGUCCAUCACUGUAGGGCAUCAGCAAGACCCCAGCUGCAGUGCUUGGAAGCUCAUCCUGCAUGUGCCGGGGCUGGGCUCAGCGACAAUCCUCCCUGCCCGCCUAUUAAAGGGGACUUUGCGCAUCAGUAUUAUUUCCAGCCCUGUUUUUGUUGGGAUUUUGCCAGGUGGUGCCACGGAGCCGGGUCCUGGCUUGGGGUGUUCUGUAGCCCCAUUCAUGUGCAUGGAGUUUGUUCUGUUUGAAUUGUACAAAGUGUCUUUUGCACAGCACAGAAAUGUUUUGGGUUUUUUCUUUUUUUUUUUUUUUUUUUUUUUUUUUAUUUAAAGGUAAGCAGGGGCCAGCCCCUAAGCCCUGCCCCCUCUCUGCCCCCCAUUCUGCAACUGCCUCUGGCGCCAGUCACUACCCUCCUUACUGCGCCGAGGGAGCCGGGGCCGGCCGGGCUUCCCCAGCCCCUGCCUGGCGCUCCGCCUGCCUCUUGUGCUCCCCCGUGGCUGCACUUUGUUUACUCGUUUUGCACAGCCGCUCAGCCCUGCGCUUCGGCCUGCCCUGGAGGUGCAGGGCUGCGGGCUGUGCUGACGCGGGGAUGUGUCCCCUGCAGCCUCCUGGGGCCCAGCCCACGCAC